UUUGACAGUCUAUUAAACUCGCAUCUGAGAAAUACUCUUAGUAUACAUGAGGCUCAGUUUGGUUUUAAGCCUGGCCUUUCUACUGAAACUGCUAUAUACUGUUUGAAGCACACUGUCAAGUAUUAUUUAGACCGUAAAACACCUGUAAUAGCUUGUUAUUUGGAUUUAUCUAAAGCUUUUGAUAUGGUAUCUUAUGAGAUCCUGUGGGAGAAGCUUCAGAGACAAAAUAUUUCCAGUGAACUUGUUACAAUAUUUAAGUACUGGUAUGAUAACCAAAUUAACAUUAUUAAAUGGGCGGAUUGUUUUUCAGAUGAGUACAAACUGGAGUGUGGGGUGAGACAAGGUGGUAUAUCCUCACCCACACUUUUUAAUGUGUACAUUAAUAGCCUGAUCGCUGAACUUAGCAGUAUGCAUGCUGGCUGUUACAUAGAUGGAAUUGCCGUUAAUAAUCUGAGUUAUGCUGACGACAUGGUGCUGCUGAGUCCAUCGAUUAGUGCGCUACGUAAAAUGUUAAAUGUUUGUGAGCAGUAUACCAUGAAACAUGGCUUGAAAUAUAACACAAAUAAAAGCGAAUUUAUGUUUUUCGGUUUAGGUGGUAAAAAUCCUACAAUUCCACCAAUUAUGUUGUAUGGUGUGCCUAUUAAUAGAGUAGCCAAAUUUAAAUAUUUAGGACAUAUUAUUACCGACGACCUGAAAGAUAACGCUGAUAUUGAACGUGAACGCAGAGCGUUGGCUGUAAGGGGUAAUAUGUUAUCUCGCAGGUUCGCUCGCUGUUCGACUGAAGUAAAAAUAACAUUAUUUAAAGCUUACUGUCAAUCUUUCUACACGAGCAGCUUGUGGGUUAACUAUACGCAGCAGGCAUACAGCGCUCUGCGAGUUCAAUACAAUAAUGUUUUCAGAAUGUUGUUGCGUUUGCCGCGUUUUUGUAGUGCAUCCACAAUGUUUGCAGGAGCAUCAACAGACGACCUGUAUGCCAUCAGACGCAAACGAAUCGCUUCUCUAUUGCACAGACUGCGGGGCAGCAGUAACAGCAUUCUGAAAAUGCUGUGCAAUAAAUUUGAUAGCCCAAUACUUUGUUUUUGGACCCAAAUUGUUACGGGGGCCCUUAAAUGAUAAUAUGUAAUUUUAGAUAUACUAACAUAGGCUAAGUACAA